CUCUGUGGCUCUGUCAGGCUUUCCUCAAAAGAGCAUCAUCAUUGCCCUGUCGAAAAUUUGCCGACUGCAUUAUUUGAAAGUUUAUUAAGUUACUUUACGCUGCGUGUUUAAAAGGAAUUAAUUAAAGAUGUCUUCACGUUACGAUCGUGCUGUUACUAUUUUCUCUCCCGAUGGUCAUUUACUUCAGGUUGAAUAUGCUCAAGAAGCGGUUCGCAAAGGCUCCACAGCGGUUGGCGUGCGUGGAGCCAACUGCGUUGUCCUGGGUGUUGAGAAAAAGUCGGUCGGCAAGCUGCAGGAAGAUCGCACAGUGCGCAAAAUUUGCGUUCUUGACCAUCACGUACUAAUGGCAUUUGCUGGCCUCACUGCCGAUGCACGCAUCCUUAUAAAUCGUGCCCAAGUCGAAUGCCAGAGCCAUCGUCUCAAUGUUGAAGAUCCCGUUACACUUGAAUAUAUAACCAGAUACAUCGCACAACUGAAACAGAAGUACACCCAAAGUAAUGGACGACGUCCGUUUGGUAUAUCAUGUCUAAUUGGAGGCUUCGAUGCUGAUGGGUCGGCUCAUUUGUUUCAAACCGAACCAUCGGGCAUAUUCUAUGAGUACAAAGCCAAUGCCACCGGACGUUCGGCAAAAACGGUGCGUGAGUUUUUCGAGAAAAACUAUCGUGAGGAGGAUGUCAGCACUGAGCAUGGCACCGUGAAGCUGGCCAUUCGCGCGUUACUCGAGGUUGCUCAAUCUGGACAAAAUAAUUUGGAGGUGGCCAUCAUGGAGAAUGGGAAACCGCUUAAAAUGCUGGAUCGCGAUGUCAUAUUGGAAUAUGUGGCUAUCAUUGAAAAGGAGAAGGAAGAAGAGCAGGAAAAGAAGAAACAGAAAAAGUAAUACCAAUUCCAAUUUCAUGUUAAGUCAUUGGUAUUGGUAUUAUCCUGUGUUAUUCUUUAACUACAAUAAAAACAAAAAAGUCUUUU